CUGAUGCUCACGGGGGAAAGAUGUGAGGCUGAGAGAGAAGUUUCAAACAGGUGGAGCUCCGCUAAAACUCUUUAAACAUCACAUUUAUCUAAAAAAUAGUUUGUUUUUUUUAAAAGAGAAAUUGUAAAUGCAAUGCCUGGGGCGAGUUCAGCACAGUUCAGUUUGUUGAGAAGAGGAGACUGUCGUACCGAUGGUGCUUUUGGAUGCUCUUUAGUCCACGGCAAAAUUACAGAGAGAACAAAAAGUCAGUUUCUGCUUGAGAGAUCCUCCAGAAUCACUGGUUAUAAUUCCUGACAGUCCAACAAAUACUAGAAAUCCAGUGUAAAGUGAAAAGGUGUGCCGAUGCCUCGUGUGCAGGACUCAGACCCUGAGGUGAAGAUCUAGAGUCAUGACCUGCCAGGCCUUCAGCACCACUGAUUGCUUCACUACUCUGAGCGGAGACUCGGCUGCUCUGCCGCUGCUCAUGCAUCACACCGGAGCUGCAGACUGUCUGCCCGUCACCAGCCACGCCACCAACAUGGUGCCUCCAGUCCCCUCAGGUCUCCCUCUGGUCCAGUCGUCCAAACGCUCUCAUAUGCACCUGUCCGCUUCUGCUUUGGGCAAUGCGUCAGCCAGCCUGCACUACCCAAUGCCCCCAUGUCACUAUAGCAACCAGCAGACCACCUACGGCAUGAUGGCAGCACAGGAAAUGCUCUCUGCCAGCAUCUCUCAGACCCGCAUCCUGCAGACCUGCAGCAUGCCUCAUGCCAACAUGGUCAACAGUGCCAACUCACUGCAAGGAGCUCUGGCUCCACGCCUCUAUAAGUUCCCAGAGCACAGUCUGGGUGGGGGCUCCUGUGCUUUGACCCACAGCUUACCGCCGCUGCCCCAGGCCCUGCUCACAGACGAACCCACUCUAGGUGACAUCAAGCAGGAGCUGCGCAGGAAAAGCCGGCCCCUGGAAGAGCCGCCUGACAUGGACUCACCUCAGAUCCGUGAACUGGAGAAGUUUGCUAAUGACUUCAAACUGAGGAGGAUCAAACUAGGUUACACACAGACCAAUGUGGGUGAAGCCCUGGCGGCUGUGCACGGCUCUGAAUUCAGCCAAACCACCAUCUGCCGCUUCGAGAACUUGCAGCUCAGCUUCAAAAACGCCUGCAAGCUCAAAUCCAUCCUGGCAAAGUGGCUGGAGGAGGCUGAGCAAGCCGGUGCUCUUUUUAAUGAGAAGAUGGGCAUGCAUGAGCGUAAACGCAAACGGAGAACAACCAUCAGUCUUGGGGCUAAGGAAGCCUUAGAAAGGAAUUUUGUGGAGAAGAGUAAGCCAUCAUCUCAGGAGAUUGUGCGGAUGGCAGAGGGUCUCCAUCUGGAGAAGGAGGUGGUGCGUGUUUGGUUCUGUAACCGCCGGCAGAGGGAGAAGAGGGUCAAAACCAGCCUACAUCACAGCUCCUUCAUGGCCAAAGAGAUCGCAGCCUGCAGACCCUGAAGAUCCGGGGUCUUAGCGAUGCUGAUGUGUGAUUAUCUACAGGCAAAUAAUCAACACCACCCUUUGGCAGUGAGUGGGUUCAUGCUGAUUCAGCAGCAGGAGUGAGGAUAUGCAGUGACCCCAAAAACAAAAGUCUGAAUGUUAUAUCAAGGAAAUCAAAAUAUCAAACCAAAUGACAUAUGCAAACAAACUAUGACAUUAUGAAACAUUUUUGCAUUUGAAAUGUGUUUUUAGUAGAUGUCUGAAGUCAGUUUUCCUCAGGUUCACACAAGUGUCCUAUCACAAUAUUCACAGUUGUGGAGAUUCGCAUUAACUAAUUUAUGAAUAUAUGAUCAUUAACAUCUUACAAAUAGUGUCACAGUGUCACAGUACUUCUCUUAAUAAUGUACACCCACUCUUCUGUCAUAUAAAUCCCAACAAAUUUCUGAUCUCUCUCUUUUUUUAAUUGUUCAAAUACAGUUUUUUUAUUUUUAAACUUUGACCUAUUUUGUUAAAUGUUUUGUUUGAAAAGCUUCAAUAACUGCCAGUUGGUUUGAUAUUAUGUUAUAUGAUGCAAUGGCAUUCAUAGAUUGUUAGUUGUGCCUUUAGUGUCCACAUUAUUUAAUUUAAUUUAAUUUUUGUUUAAUAAAUCAGAUGAUUAACACAACCCUUUUACUUGAAUUGAAACUUGAGGUAUUAAAAUACAUAAUGUUUUAGUUUAGUUUUGUUUUUAAUUUUUAUAAAUGAGUGUUUUUGCUCUCAAAUAAAAUGUUUGUGAUUCUAUAACCUGAAGAGAACACGUGCUUAUGUGCUAAGUGCUUAUAAGGGUAGAAUAUAAUCUUGAUACUUUUUUAAAGAAGUUAAAAUAAUUUAUUCAUCAUUAAUAUAUUUAAAUUCAUUCCAAUCAAAGUUUAAUAUAUAAGCAAAAAUAUAUAUAUUCUGAGAACAUAUCCUGGAAAUGUGUCAUUGCACUGUAGAGUUUUGUAUGAAGCGACCAAACAUUUUGUGAUCUCAUUUGUAUAGAAAUUAUGAAUUUUGUCCAAAUAAAUGACUAACAUUGUAGUCACACUUGGUUUGUCAUAUUAUCAUAAGAUCCUGCAAGUCAUAUAUUAUAAUGUGAAUAACAUGCUUCACAUGAA